AUGGCAGGCGACGGCCAGGUGCACGAGCACAUGCCUCAGAAGGCUCCGCAUAAAGAACGUUACCCUAUGACAAAUUGGAUAUAUGAUGUUUUCCUAUGGACAUUUUCUAUCCUCGUUGAUCUUUUCUUUCGAGAAGUUCAUCCUCGUGGAUCAUGGAAGGUUCCGCGACAGGGCCCAUUCGUUGAUCCUCUAAUUCUUAUGCGAACUCUGCGAACAGAAUGCCAUCGACGCGCAGCCUUUCUGAUUGCUGCGAAAUCUAUGAACAGAUGGCUGAUAGGAUGGUUUGCGCGCAAAGUAGGCGCCGUACCUGUUGGACGAGCACUUGACAUGGUUAAGCCUGGUUCGGGAACAAUAUAUCUUCCAGAUCCUGUUGGAAAUCCUCUGCUUGUGCGCGGGAUCGGCAGCAAAUUUAAUAGCAAAGAGGUUCAAAUUGGUGGGCUACUAGUCUUGCCAAGCGUGAACGGCACAGCUGCAAAUGCUGAGGUUGCGGAAGUUAUCAGCGCAGAAGAAAUUAGGUUGAAAAAGCCAUUCAAGGGUGCAACAGCCAUGAAACAGCUCACCGGUAGAGAAGACGUCGAUGAAAAGGGUAAUUUCAAAGACGAGACUGUUCAAGGGCCAAUACCCGGCUUUGAAGGCAUUAAGUAUAAGACUGCACCAAAAGUCGAUCAGACUGAAGUUUACGAUGCUGUUUUUGAUCGCCUUAGCGCAGGUGGAGCUGUGGGUAUCUUUCCUGAAGGAGGUAGUCAUGACAGGACCGAAUUAUUACCCCUCAAGGCGGGCGUUGCGAUUAUGGCUCUUGGAGCAUUAGCCGCAAAUCCGGACAGUGGUCUCAAAAUUGUGCCUUGUGGUAUGAACUAUUUCCAUGCCCACAAGUUCCGCUCUCGCGCAGUCGUCGAGUUCGGAAACCCAGUGGAAGUCCCAAAAGAACUAGUCGAGCUAUACAAAAAUGGGGAGCGACGAGAAGCCGUUAGCCAAUUGUUGGAUACUGUGUACCAAGCUCUCGUCGCGGUGACAGUGACCAGUCCUGACUACGAUACCCUCAUGCUUAUUCAAGCUGUCAGACGUCUUUACAACCCCACCGGAAAGAAGCUACCACUACCAAUGGUUGUUGAGCUUAACAGACGACUUGUGAAAGGCUACACCCAUUACAAAGAUGAUCCAAGAAUUGUGUCCUUGAAAAAGUCAGUCAUAAACUACAAUAAGCAACUAAGAUACGUCAACAUCAGCGAUCACCAGGUAGAAUACGCUAAAGUCUCUGUAUUGAAGGCUUUCAUACUGUUGUUCUAUCGCUUGGGAAAGAUAUCAGUACUCUCAAUUGGCGUCAUUCCCGGUCUUGUCCUCUUCAGCCCGGUAUUUGUUGCCUCGAAGGUGAUAAGCAUCAAGAAAUCUAGGGAGGCCCUGGCUGCUUCAACAGUCAAGCUUCAGGGUCGCGAUGUUAUGGCAACUUGGAAAUUAUUGGUCGCUCUUGCAUUCGCGCCAAUAUUGUACAACACCUACACAAUGCUGCUUACUUACUGGACUUGGCGGAACCGUGUACAAGGGUAUGUGCCUGAGAGUGUUUCACUUUGGAGUGUGGUAAUCUUUGGAUACAUCUUUUUCCCCGCUAUCACUUACGCAGCACUUCGAUUCGGAGAGGUGGGAAUGGAUAUACUCAAAUCCCUGCGUCCUCUUGUUCUGUCACUCAAUCCAACCUCGAGCAACAUCAUCUACAAGUUGCGCGCCCGCCGAGCUGAACUCAGCGAACAGGUCACAGAGGUUAUCAAUACGCUAGGUCCACAGAUGUUCCCUGAUUUUGAUGCUUCAAGAAUAAUUGCGGAUCCAUUUCGUCCAGGCACGGGAAGUCCUUCGCCUACAAGUGCCAAAUUUCGCCGACGAGACAGCAAUCAGUCUGGUGUGUCAGGGUCAUCAUCACCACCUCAGCCAGGAAGAUUUACUGAUGCGUCUAUCGGUGGCGGAUCCACUAGUAGUGGACACCUGCCGCGAAAUGAAUCAUUUGGAAAUCUCGCCAAUAUUGGCCUUUUCGCUACACGCCCAUCAUCUAGAAGCCGAAGUCGUAGCAGUAGUGGUGGAGGAGCUCUUGGCUCAGCUGCACUUCCUUUGUCAGCAUUCAGUACGCUUGAUACCAAAGGAAGCUUUGACGAAGUUAGUCAAAAGAUCAGAGGAGCCAUGAGGGAACGUGGCCAGAUUCGAAGGCGAAAGAGUGAGGGAGCUCGGGGUGAGGAUAUGGCUAGUGAUAGUGAAGAUGAUGAGAGGAAAAACGUAUAA